CAAGCUGCCCAGGUGAUAGGCUGUGGGUGUGGGGUUACGCUAGGAGCCACUGGAGUCUGUACUAAUUUUGCUUGUCAGGGCAUAAAGUGUUAUGCUGUGACUUGUAACCUGCUGUGAACUGCUCUUAUACCAUAUGAGUGACCAGACUUGUGGAAAAAGUAUAAACCUACCGUUUUGACCUGUAUCCGGUGUAUGUGAUACAUGUCACAUUAUAAAUACACACACAAGUUCUCAAAAUAUGUGUAUGUGUCACUAUUCUUCUGUAAAUAUCCUCUUUCUAGGAAGAAGUUGAAUUUCUCAGACUGAACUCCUGAAAAUAAAAUACUUGAUAAUGGUACUGUUAUCAUCAGCCAAUCAGUGCUGAGCCCCUCCUUUUUACUGUGGGCACUUGCUGAAUAUAUAAGGCUGUAGCCUCAGUGUAGUAACAUCCUCAGCUGUGCAGCAACUGCAGAAUAUUACAUUGUAUAAUGACGUCCUACACCAGGCAUGUCCAGCUGCUUGGCUUUGAGAAGAGAUUCCUUCCCAGCCAGCAUUAUGUGUACAUGUUCAUGGUAAAGUGGCAGGAUCUUACAGAAAAAGUUGUGUACAGGAAAUAUACUGAAAUCUAUGAAUUCCAUAAAGCACUGAAGGAAUUAUUUCCCAUUGAGUCUGGAGACAUAAACAAAGAACACAGAACUAUCCCUCACUUACCAGCACCAAAGUGGUUUGAUGGCCUGAGGUCUACAGAGAACAGACAGAUCACCCUGGCUGAUUAUUGCUCGUCUCUAAUCAAUCUGCCCCCUAAGAUAUCCCGCUGCCCUCAUGUUAUCGACUUCUUCAAGGUCAGACCAGAUGAUGUGAACCCCACAUCAAGCAACAAUGGUCGUAAGCCUGAAACAUUCUUGCUGAAGGUAGAAACCACAAAGAAAAAUGUGUCCGAUAUAACAGGUCCAAUUAUUCUCCAGUCCUACCGAGUAAUUGCAGACUAUGAAAAGAGUUCCAAGACAGAGCUGACAGUAAAAGCUGAAGAUGCGGUUGAUGUAGUAGAGAAAAACGAAAAUGGUUGGUGGUUCUGCCAGAUGAAGAACAAGCGGGGUUGGCUACCGGCUGCUUACCUUGAGCCACUUGAUAGCCCAGAUGAGCCUGAAGAACAAGAUCCCAAUUAUGAAGGUGAACUACAUGUCGCAACGAGAGACUAUUCUGCAAAAAUGGAGGAUGAGUUGUCUGUGAAGGAGGGGGAUACAGUUGAAGUAAUCCACAAGCUCCUUGAUGGCUGGUGGGUUGUCAGGAAAGACAGCACCACUGGAUAUUUCCCUGCAAUUUAUCUCCAAAAAUCUGGGGAUGCUCUUCCUUCAAAUAGGAGCCAGUCAAAGGGAUUGCCACCACGGAGAAGAACAAUUUCAAAUGCUAAUAGCAUUCACAAGCAAAAACGUAAAGAGAUCAGUCAGGAUUCAUAUAGGAGGAACAGCAAAAAAUAUCUGAAACAGCGUCAGUCUAUCAUUGAUGAUAGGAAGUCUACAGCCACUGAGGAAGACAAUGAAGGGGAAAAUAAAACUAAAGCCCAACCUGCCAUUCCACCAAGGCCAAGCAAAGAGCUUAUUCUGGACCGAUGUACAGAAGAUACAAAGAACAAGAUUCGUACAGUGAACUAAUUGAACUGCGAUUAAUGAAAAAUUAAGAUCCGCAGAGAUGGGCAGAGGGUAACAGAACAGAUGAGUGAUGGCAGAAUGCAGCUGAACAAUGAGCUAUCUCCACCUACAUACAUCUUUGUUAAAUCAAUUACACCCUAAUGUAUAAUUUUUUCAACUGUAAGCUGUUUCCUCCUUUUACUGUUUGCCAGCAAACUGCGGCCUGAUUUAGAGGAGGACACACUGCUGAUGGCGGAUGCAGUGGAGUGAUUGUAUGCUAUUGCUCAUACAUCCCGAUUGUGUCUGUGCACAGUCACCACCCUAACUUCAGGUGCACGCAGGGAGAAUUAUAGUGAAAGUGGGUGUUCCUGGGCAGUGAAAGGGAGAUGGCUUAGCACAUGCAUGCAGGUGGUCUGUCUUAUGGGUGUGAUAUGGGAUUGUCAGUGACAGUUGUUGCAUACACAGAUGCUCAUUCACCCACAUAGGAGGCCAUAUAUAGAUGAGGAAACUGCACCUGCUAUAGGGCUAGUGAGAGUUUCAGUGGUGCGACCAAUGGUGUCUAAAGACGAUCCAGGUGGUACAGUAUUACUGCACGUGCGGUCGCUGGAAGUGGGCGUCACAGUCCUUGCACAUUCUGACACAAGGAUGUACAUAGGGGAAGUAUUUUGUAGCAGCAUUUGCAUAAAGCCAAAGAUGUUUGAUAGCUGCAGGCACUUAUGCGUCCUCCUCUGAAUCAGGUCCUGUAACCACUAACUGGCCCUAUCUCCAGGUCCGUACAAAACAAUGCACUGGAACCCCUACACACCCAAUUAAAUUUGGAUCCAAUACAAAAAAAAAAAAUCAUAACAUGCCCCUCCUGCAGUCCUGCUCCAUCUCUUCACAUGGUCCCAUACAGUGAAUAGAUUGGUGGAUAGCUCCAGACAUCCACCAAUCAGCAUGCUGACAGCCAUUUACUGUCUAACAGCAGACUAGAAGGCAGGUAGAGAGUGCUGCCUCGCUGCUCUGAUUGUGUAACCACCACCCGCCCCUACUCAAAGGCCCCUAGAAUUGUGGGACCCUGGCAGCUGUCCAGCGUGCCUAUACAUUAAGAUGCUCCUGCCUAUCUCUCUGAUCCACAGCAAACCUAGACAAUGCUACCUCACCGUGCCACAUAUGUUAUCAUGUCUCGAUGCAACAUCUAUGAUUAUAUAUAGUUGGUAGCUGUUAAAUUAUUGUUUUUGCAUUUCUUUAAGCAGUCUAUACAAAUGUUUUACUACUUUUCAUAUACUGUUUUGAUUUGCUAUAGGUAUACAAAAAAGUGUUCUUUAUCAUUAUGAGAUUCAGUGGAUUGAGUGGUGUUCUAUGAAAUAUAGUUUUACAGUGAAAAUAAAAUGUUGAGGAAUGCCAUUAUUGACUAAGCAGGAAGCAGUUCAGUGUAACUGGCAAUAGCUGUACAAGUGAUUGUCACACAGUGUGUUGCAACUGUGCAAAUGUUUCAACAUACAGUAAAUUAGCAAAGUGUUCAUGUUCAAAUACUGUGGUUGGCUUAAAGAACCCAUAACCGACAGUAAUACACUGAGCAAAAUACACUUUUUUCUACAAACUUAACAUUUAAUUUGUGGUCUUCAGAGCAAGAUUUUGUAAGGUCCACCAAGUACAUAAGCAAUCAGGCAAUUUCUCAACUCCCUAACUUGCUGAAGCUCCGAUUAUGGUUAAUUCCCUGGAUACGUUUUGAAUGUGAUAUAGUAAUUAUAGCUAGAAGCAAUGUUAUAUGUAAGAUAGGCGUCCAAUCAUUUUUACAUUUUGUUAAUUAAGUUGUCACCACUGUGGUAAGGAAAUCUCUGGAGGUGCCUUUUAUUCCAGAAUAAAUCUAUUUUUUUGUAGCA